GGGCGCCGACUUAGAGAGUGAUGCGGGGACAUCACCACAUGCAAGUUAUUCCAAGCUAUGAUCAUGAGAAGCAGAACCCUAAGGCGAAACGUGUUAAUUAUGUGGCCGAUGAAUACGAUUGGAAAGAUCUUCUACACGAUCCCCUUGUGCUCAUCUUCAGCUUUCUUGCUGCUAGGGACAGGUUCCGCGCUGGCAAAGUCUGCAAGACCUGGUAUCGAGCCUCCUGGGAUCCCGGCUGCUGGACGCAAUCCGUUAUUCCGUACGAUUGCCUAGGCUGCCGCCAUCAACAUCAACGGGAGAUAAUCAAUGUGGUGGAGAGGAUCCAUGCGCCGCUGGAUCGAAUCCGAUUAAAUCAGAUAGCUGCGAGGGAUGUCGUCACGCGGGGGCAAGGUAAAUUGAUUGAUCUGUCCGUGAAUUUCUGCGACAUAGCUACUCUGGAGUUCAUAGCGAAGAACUGCCCCCUUCUUGAGCGAUUGAAAGUCACAUCUUCACGCCUGGACAGCCGGUGGAUGCAGGCCGUAGAUGCAAUUGCGACUGGGUGCCGAUCCCUUUCCGAUCUCGAAAUCUGGAUGUGGAUAUCUCCUCUACACGUGGCGGAGUUCACGGGGAAACUGGCGCCUCGUCUUCCAAAGCUGACUUCUUUGGCCCUUUCGAACACCCAAAUUACUGAUGAUUUACUGAGCGCCACUGCAGACGGCCUUCCUGAUUUGCARGCUCURACGUUACAGCUGGAGCAGUGUAUCACGGACGCCAGCYUGGGCGUAAUUGCCAGAAAGCUGAAGCGAUUGAAAACGUUAGAAAUGAAGUUGUGCGGCUCAGUGACGACAGGGGGUGUGAAGUCUUUGCGCUCGCAAAGGCAUGAUCUGGACGUUGAAGUGUUGAUGUGCUGAUUGUUUUGAAGUGCUGAUGUGCUGAUUCUUUUGAAGUGUUGAUGUGCUGAUUGUUUUGAAGUGUGGAUAUGCUGAUUGUGUUGCGAGUAAUCAAGUGUGUGUGCCAGA